AUGGAGCUCAUCCUCCUGGGCCUUCGCGCCUGCGCUCAGAUGGGCACCUCAACAACAACAACCACAACAACCACAACAACCUCCUGGUCAAGCGACGGCGCCACGGCCACGGCCACCAUCAUCGCCCUGUGCCGAGCCCUGGCUUGCCUGGCGCCGCAGGAAGACCGCGAGUUGGUGCGCGCCAGCCACCUCACCGCCUUCCUGUGCGCUCCCUCGGCCGACGCCCUGCCAGCGCUGGAGUGCCUCUUCUCAUCAUCAUCGUCAUCAUCGUCACCGGUAGCAUCGGUAGCUCCUUCACCGACACCGACGUUGUCAACGGCGCUACCGACGCCGUCAAAGGCACCACCGCCACCACUACCGAUUUCAACGGCACCACCGACAUCGUCAACGGCACUACCGCCAUCGUCAACGGCACUACCGCCAUCAUCAACGGCACUACCGCCAUCAUCAACGGCACUACCGCCAUCGUCAACGGCACUACCGCCAUCAUCAACGGCACUACCGCCAUCAUCAACGGCACUACCGCCAUCAUCAACGGCACUACCGCCAUCGUCAACGGCACUACCGCCAUCAUCAACGGCACUACCGCCAUCAUCAACGGCACUACCGCCAUCAUCAACGGCACUACCGCCAUCGUCAACGGCACUACCGCCAUCAUCAACGGCACUACCGCCAUCAUCAACGGCACUACCCGCCAUCAUCAACGGCACUACCGCCAUCGUCAACGCACUACCGCCAUCAUCAACGGGCACUACCGCCAUCAUCAACGGCACUACCGCCAUCGUCAACGGCACUACCGCCAUCAUCAACGGCACUACCGCCAUCAUCAACGGCACUACCGCCAUCGUCAACGGCAUUACCGCCAUCAUCAACGGCACUACCGCCAUCGUCAACGGCACUACCGCCAUCAUCAACGGCACUACCGCCAUCGUCAACGGCACUACCGCCAUCGUCAACGGCACUACCGCCAUCGCUCCGCCCCCUCGCCCCGCCUCGGCCAAUCGGGCGGCGGCGUGCAAUCCUCAGGCUCCGCCCCCUCGCCCCGCCUCGGCCAAUCGGGCGGCGGCGUGCAAUCCCCAGGCUCCGCCCCCUUCGCCCCGCCUCGGCCAAUCGGGCGGCGGCGUGCAAUCCUCAGGCUCCGCCCCCUCGCCCCCCUCGGCCAAUCGGGCGGCGGCGUGCAAUCCUCAGGCUCCGCCCCCUUGCCCCGCCUCGGCCAAUCGGGCGGCGGCGUGCAAUCCCCAGGCUCCGCCCCCUUUCCAGCUGGCCAAUCACCCUCUGGCGGCCACGCCCCCUAAGCUGGAGGCCCUCUGCCCGCCAUUGUCACUGGGUUCCGGCUCGCUCGUCACGACCCCGGACACGCCCCUCUCUACCGAAGCCCCUCCCCCCGUGACCCCCGCAACCCCCGCGACCCCGGUGACCCCGGUGUCAAUCCCCAACUCGCUGCGCACGGAGCUGCUGCUGCGCCUCAAGUCGCGGUGGCCUUUCCAGAUGGACCCCGAGUUCUGGAGUCCCGCGCUGCUGCGGCGCAACUGCUCGCGGCUCCUCGGCAUUGCCCAGCAGCAGCAGCAGCAGCGCGACCGCGCGGAGAAAACCGCCCCUCCGUCGUUCUUCUGCGGCGUCCGCCUCCUCACCGCCGGCACCGGCAAUGCCGCCGACGACGACGACGACGGCCACAUCUCGUGGCGCCAGCUCGUGGGGGGACGUCUCAACGGUGGCGGUGGCGGCGGUGGCCGCGCCGGCAAGAAGGGGCCGGUCGGUUCGGCCCGCCGACUCAACGGCACUCCCGGCGAGCCUCCGUUGCCACCCACUUUGCCGCCCGCUUUGCCGGGCACGCCGGGGCCCGCCGGUUGUGCCGACGGGCAGCCCAAGAAGAGGAAGAGGGGGCGGCCGCGGCUAGACGAGCGCGGCCCCGGUAACGCCGGUGCCGGUGCAGCCGCCGCGCCGGUUUUGGCGAAGGCAAAGUGCGCGGUGUGCGGCCGCAGCUUUGACCGCCGCUGCCCGGUGUGCGGGCCCAAGCAGCGGCUGCGGAGGGCGGUGGAUGUUGCCGGCGCCGGUGGCGGCGUCGGCGGUAACAACGGCGUGGCGGCGGUGCCAGGGGUGGUGGUGGUGCCGGGGGUGGUGGUGCCAGGGGCGGUGACGAGGGCGGUGCCGGGAGGCGAGUCGAGGGGCCUGGACAGGAAGGAGAGGGAGCAGGAGAAUGAAGAGAGAAAAGAAAGGAAGGAGGAGAGGGAGGAGGACAGGAAGGAGGACAGGAAGGACAGGAAGGAGGAGAGGAAUGAAGAGAAGAAGGAAAGGAAGGAGGAGAGGGAGGAGGACAGGAAGGACAGGAAGGAAGAGAGGAAUGAAGAGACGAAGGAGGAGGGGUCGGUUUGCGUUGGCGGCACGGUUGAGGUCUCUCCCGGCAGCGUCGCCGGGAUACGAGGUGCGACGGAGGGACGCGGCCGAGGGAGGCCGGCCGGUGGAGACGACUCUGAGGCCUUGGCCACCACAGCGGCAGUGGCCACCACAGCGGCGGCCACGGUGGCCACAGGGACGCUGUCCGAUGGCUUGUCCCACGGCGGUGGAGACGCGGAGACAACUGGUGACGUGGAGACACGGAGAGGCGUGGGGAUGCCGGGAAACGCGAAGACACGGGGAGACGUGGAGACACGGGAAGACGUGGGAAUGCCGGGAGAUGUGGAGACACGGGAAGACACGGCGACACGGGGAGACGUGGAGACACGGGGAGACGUGGGGAUGCCGGGAGACGCGAAGACACGGGGAGACGUGGAGACACGGGAAGACGUGGGAAUGCCGGGAGAUGUGGAGACACGGGAAGACACGGCGACACGGGGAGACGUGGAGACACGGGGAGACAUGGGGAUGCCGGGAGACGCGGAGACACGGGAAGACGCGGAGACACGGGGAGACGUCAUGGUGACAAGAUCGGACGUGGGGACACGGGGAGACAUGGGGAUGCCGGGAGAUGUGGAGACACGGAGAGAUGAGGACACACGGGGAGACGUGGAGACAAAAUCAGACGCGGAGACGCCUGGUGACGUGGAGACACGGGGACACGUGGGUAUGCUGGGAGAUGUGGAGACACGGGAAGACGCGGAGACACGGGAAGACGCGGAGACACGGGGAGACGUGGUGACACGGGGAGACGUGGAGACACGGGGAGACGUGGGGAUACCAGGAGAUGUGGAGACACGGAGAGGCGCGGAGACACGGGGAGACGUGGAGACACGGGGAGACACGAAGACACAGGGAGACGUGGGGACACGGGGAGACACGGAGACACAAGGAGAUGCGGACACACGGGGAGAUGAGGACACACGGGGACACGUGGAGACACGGGGAGAUGUGAAGACACGGGGAGACACGAAGACACGGGGACACGUCGCGGAGACAAGACCAGACGCGGGGACACGGGGAGACGCCGCUGGAGGGAAGGGCGACGCUCCGGGCGGCGCCGAGAGCACGGAGGCGGGGAGCGCGCCGAGCUCCGGGCAGACGGGGGGAUCGGAGAUCUCACCGGUGGAGAGCACAGCCGUCGUCGCUGGGAGCACGAACCGCGCUGGGGACGGGAGCACGCGGCUCGGAGCUGCCGGUGAGAGCACGGAGAGUAGGCUGGAGAGUAGAGAGAGUACGCUGUGGAGUACGGAGAGUAGGCUGCAGAGUACGGAGAUUAGGCUGGAGUGUACGGAGAGUAGGCUGGAGAGUACGGAGAGUAGGCUGGAGAGUACGGAGAGUAGGCUGCAGAGUACGGAGAGUACGCUACAGAGUAGAGAGAGUAGUCUACAGAGUAGAGAGAGUCGUCUGCGGAGUACGGAGAGUACACUGCAGAGUAGAGAGAGUACACUGCAGAGUAGAGAGAGUAGUCUACAGAGUAGAGAGAGUAGUCUACAGAGUACGGAGAGUACUCUGCAGAGUAGAGAGAGUAGUCUGCGGAGUAGAGAGGACGUGGGACAGAGGAGAGUGGAGGAGAGUGUGGGGGAGAGUGCAACGAUGAUGAUGAUGGGGGGGGAGAGUUGGGAAGGGUGUAAGAAGGGUGCCGUGUCACCAUCACCGAUGACAUCAGCGACGACAUCAAAGACGACAUCGCUGUCAACAUCAGCAGCAUCGCUGUCAACAUCGCUACCAACAUCAACAUCGAUAACAACACCACCACCAUCAACAUCGCUACCAACACCACCACCACCAUCAACAUCGCUACCAACACCACCACCACCAUCAACAUCGCUACCAACACCACCACCACCAUCAACAUCGCUACCAACACCACCAUCAACAUCACUACCAACACCACCACCAUCAACAUCGCUACCAACACCAUCAUCAACAUCGCUACCAACACCACCACCACCAUCAACAUCGCUACCAACACCACCACCAUCAACACAGCUACCAACACCACCAUCAACAUCACUACCACCACCACCAUCAACAUCGCUACCAACACCAUCAACAUCGCUACCACCACCACCAUCAACAUCGCUACCAACACCACCAUCAACAUCACUACCACCACCACCAUCAACAUCACUACCACCACCAUCAACAUCGCUACCAACACCAUCAACAUCGCUACCAACACCACCAUCAACAUUGCUACCAAUACCACCACCAUCAACAUCGCUACCAACACCACCACCAUCAACAUCACUACCACCACCAUCAACAUCGCUACCAACACCACCACCAUCAACAUCACUACCACCACCAUCAACAUCGCUACCAACACCAUCAACAUCAACAUCGCUACCAACACCACCACCAUCAACAGCACUACCACCACCAUCAACAUCGCUACCAACACCACCACCAUCAACAUUGCUACCAACACCACCACCAUCAACAUCACUACCACCACCAUCAACAUCGCUACCAACACCAUCAACAUCGCUACCACCACCACCAUCAACAUCACUACCAACACCACCAUCAACAUCACUACCACCACCAUCAACAUCGCUACCAACACCACCACCAUCAACAUCGCUACCAACACCACCACCAUCAACAUUGCUACCAACACCACCACCAUCAACAUCACUACCACCACCAUCAACAUCGCUACCAACACCAUCAACAUCGCUACCAACACCACCAUCAACAUUGCUACCAACACCACCACCAACAUCGCUACCAACACCAUCAACAUCGCUACCAACACCACCAUCAACAUCGCUACCAACACCAUCAACAUCGCUACCAACACCACCAUCAACAUCGCUACCACCACCACCAUCAACAUCGCUACCACCAUCAACAUCGCUACCAACACCACCACCAUCAACAUCGCUACCAAGACCACCACCAUCAACAUCGCUACCAACACCACCACCAUCAACAUCACUACCAACACUACCACCACCAUCAACAUCGCUACCAACACCACCACCAUCAACAUCGUUACCAACACCACCACCAUCAACAUCGCUACCAACACCACCACCACCAUCAACAUCACUACCAUCAACAUUGCUACCAACACGACCACCAUCAUCAACACCACCACCAUUAACAUCGCUACCAACACGACCACCAUCAUCAACACCACCACCAUUAACAUCGCUACCACCACCAUCAACAUCGCUACCAACACCACCACCAUCAACAUCGCUACCAACACCACCACCAUCAACAUCGCUACCACCACCACCAUCAACAUCGCUACCAACACCACCAUCAACAUUACUACCAACACCACCACCAUCACUACCAACACCACCACCAUCAACAUUACUACCACCACCAUCAACAUCGCUACCAACACCACCACCAUCAACAUCACUACCAACACCAUCAACAUCGCUACCAACAACACCACCAUCAACAUUACUACCAACACCACCACCAUCACUACCAACACCAACACCACCAUCAACAUUACUACCAACACCACCACCAUCACUACCAACACCAACACCACCAUCAACAUCACUACCAACACCACCACCAUCAACAUCGCUACCAACACCACCACCAACAUCGCUAACACGACCACCAUCAACAUCGCUACCAACACCACCACCAACAUCGCUAACAACACCACCAUCAACAUCGCUACCAACACCACCAACACCACCAACAUCGCUACCAACUCCACCACCAUCAACAUCGCUAACAACACCACCAUCAACAUCGCUACCACCACCAUCAACAUCAACAUCACUACCAACACCACCACCAUCAACAUCGCUACUAACACCAUCAACAUCGCUAACAACACCACCACCAACAUCGCUACCAACACCACCACCAUCAACAUCGCUACCACCACCAUCAACACAGCUACCAACACCACCACCACCAUCAACAUCGCUACCAACACCACCACCAACAUCGCUACCAACACCACCACCAUCAACAUCGCUACCAACACCAUCAUCAACAUCGCUACCAACACCACCAUCAACAUCGCUACCAACACCACCACCAUCAACAUCGCUACCAACACCACCACCAUCAACACAGCUACCAACACCACCACCACCAUCAACAUCGCUACCAACACCACCACCAUCAACAUCGCUACCAACACCACCACCAUCAACAUCGCUACCAACACCACCACCAUCAACAUCACUACCAACACCACCACCAUCAACAUCGCUACCAAGACCACCACCAUCAACAUCGCUACCAACACCACCACCAUCAAUAUCGCUACCAACACCAUCAUCAACAUCGCUACCAACACCAUCAACAUCGCUACCACCACCACCAUCAACAUUGCUACCAACACCACCACCACCAUCAACAUCGCUACCAACACCACCACCAUCAACAUUGCUACCAACACCACCAUCAACAUCGCUAUCAACACCAUCAUCAACAUCGCUACCACCACCACCAUCAACAUUGUUACCACCACCAUCAUCAACAUCGCUACCAACACCACCACCACCAUCAACAUCGCUACCAACACCAUCAUCAACAUCGCUACCAACACCACCACCACCAUCAACAUCGCUACCAACACCACCACCAUCAACAUCGCUACCAACACCACCAUCAACAUUGCUACCAACACCACCACCAUCAACAUCGCUACCAACACCAUCAUCAACAUCGCUACCAACACCACCACCAUCAACAUCGCUACCAACACCACCACCACCAUCAACAUCGCUACCAACACCACCAUCAUCAUCGCUACCAACACCACCACCACCAACAUCACUACCAACACCACCACCACCAUCAACAUCGCUACCAACACCAUCAUCAACAUCGCUACCAACACCACCACCACCAACAUCACUACCAACACCACCACCAUCAACAUUGCUACCAACACCACCACCACCAUCAACAUCACUACCAACAACACCAUCAACAUCGCUACCAACACCACCACCAUCAACAUCACUACCAACACCACCAACAUCAACAUCGCUACCAACACUACCACCACCAUCAACAUCGCUACCAACACCACCACCAUCAACAUCACUACCAACACUACCACCACCAUCAACAUCGCUACCAACACCACCAUCAACAUCGCUACCAACACCACCACCAUCAACAUCGCUACCAACACCACCACCACCAUCAACAUCACUACCAUCAACAUUGCUACCAACACCACCACCAUCAUCAACACCACCACCAUCAACAUCGCUACCAACACGACCACCAUCAUCAACACCACCACCAUUAACAUCGCUACCACCACCAUCAACAUCGCUACCAACACCACCACCACCAUCAACAUCACUACCAUCAACAUUGCUACCAACACCACCACCAUCAUCAACACCACCACCAUCAACAUCGCUACCAACACGACCACCAUCAUCAACAACACCACCAUCAACAUCGCUACCAACACCACCACCAUCAACAUCACUACCAACACCACCACCAUCAACAUCGCUACUAACACCACCACCAUCAACAUCGCUACCACCACCACCAUCAACAUCACUACCAACACCACCAUCAACAUCGCUACCAACACCAUCAACAUCGCUACCAACACCACCACCACCAUCAACAUCGCUACCAACACCACCACCAUCAACAUCACUACCAACACCACCACCAUCAACAUCACUACCAACACCACCAUCAACAUCGCUACCAACACCACCACCAUCAACAUCGCUACCAACACCACCACCAUCAACAUCGCUACCACCACCACCAUCAACAUCACUACCAACACCACCACCAUCAACAUCGCUACCAACACCACCAUCAACAUCGCUACCAACACCACCACCAUCAACAUCGCUACCACCACCACCAUCAACAUCGCUACCAACACCACCACCAUCAACAUCGCUACCACCACCACCAUCAACAUCACUACCAACACCACCACCAUCAACAUCGCUACCAACACCACCAUCAACAUCGCUACCAACACCACCAUCAACAUCGCUACCAACAUCUCCACCAACACCAUCAACAUCACUACCAACAUCACCACCAUCAACAUCACUACCAACAUCACCACCAUCAACAUCACUACCAACACCACCACCACCAACAUCGCUACCAACACCACCAUCAACAUCAACAUCGCUACCAACACCACCAUCAACAUCGCUACCAACACCACCAUCAACAUCAACAUCGCUAUCAACAUCACCACCAUCAACAUCGCUACCAACACCACCAUCAACAUCACUACCAACACCACCAUCAACAUCAACAUCGCUAUCAACAUCACCACCAUCAACAUCGCUACCACCACCACCACCAUCAACAUCACUACCAACACCACCACCACCACCAACAUCGCUACCAACACCACCACCAUCAACAUCGCUACCAACACCACCACCAUCAACAUCGCUAUCAACAUCACCACCAUCAACAUCGCUACCAACACCACCACCAUCACAAUCAACAUCGCUACCAAUACCACCACCACUAUCAACAUCGCUACCAACACCACCACCAUCAACAUCGCUACCAACACCACCACCAUCAACAUCGCUACCAACACCACCACCAUCAACAUCGGUACCAACACCACCACCACUAACAUCGCUACCAACACCACCACCAUCAACAUCGUUACCAACACCACCACCAUCAACAUCGCUGCCAACACCACCACCAUCAACAUCGCUACCAACACCACCACCAUCAACAUCGUUACCAAUACCACCACCAUCAACAUCGCUGCCAACACCACCACCAUCAACAUCGCUACCAACACCACCAUCAACAUCGCUACCAACACCACCACCAUCAACAUCGCUACCAACACCACCACCAUCAACAUCGCUACCAACACCACCACCAUCAACAUCGCUACCACCACCAUCAACAUCACUACCAACAUCAUCAUCAACAUCGCUACCACCACCACCAUCAACAUCGCUACCAACACCACCAUCAACAUCGCUACCACCACCAUCAACAUUGCUACCAACACCACCAUCAUCAACAUCGCCAACACCACCACUACCACCAUCAACAUCACUACCAGCACCACCACCAUCAACAUCACUACCAUCAACAUCACUACCAUCAACACCACCACCACCAUCGCUACCAACACCACCAUCAACAUCGCUACCAACACCACCAUCAACAUCGCUACCAACACGACCACCAUCAUCAACACCACCACCAUUAACAUCGCUACCACCACCAUCAACAUCGCUACCAACACCACCACCAUCAACAUCACUACCAACACCACCACCAUCAACAUCGCUACUAACACCAUCAACAUCGCUACCAACACCACCACCAUCAACAUCACUACCAACACCACCACCAUUAACAUCGCUACCACCACCAUCAACAUCGCUACCAACACCACCACCAUCAACAUCACUACCAACACCACCACCAUUAACAUCGCUACCACCACCAUCAACAUCGCUACCAACACCACCACCAUCAACAUCACUACCAACACCACCACCAUCAACAUCGCUACUAACACCACCACCAUCAACAUCGCUACCACCACCACCAUCAACAUCACUACCAACACCACCAUCAACAUCGCUACCAACACCACCAUCAACAUCGCUACCAACACCACCACCACCAACAUCACUACCAACACCACCAUCAACAUCGCUACCAACACCACCACCAUCAACAUCACUACCAACACCACCACCAUCAACAUCACUACCAACACCACCACCAUCAACAUCACUACCAACACCACCACCAUCAACAUCACUACCAACACCACCACCAUCAACAUCACUACCAACACCACCACUAUCAACAUCACUACCAACACCACCAUCAACAUCGCUACCAACAACACCAUCAACAUCGCUACCAACACCACCACCAUCAACAUCACUACCAACACCACCACCAUCAACAUCACUACCAACACCACCACUAUCAACAUCACUACCAACACCACCAUCAACAUCGCUACCAACACCACCACCAUCAACAUCGCUACCAACACCACCACCAUCAACAUCGCUACCACCACCACCAUCAACAUCACUACCAACACCACCACCAUCAACAUCGCUACCAACACCACCAUCAACAUCGCUACCAACAUCGCCACCAACACCAUCAACAUCACUACCAACAUCACCACCAUCAACAUCACUACCAACAUCACCACCAUCAACAUCACUACCAACACCACCAUCAACAUCAACAUCACUACCAACACCACCACCACCAACAUCGCUACCAACACCACCAUCAACAUCAACAUCGCUACCAACACCACCAUCAACAUCGCUACCAACACCACCAUCAACAUCAACAUCGCUAUCAACAUCACCACCAUCAACAUCGCUACCAACACCACCAUCAACAUCACUACCAACACCACCAUCAACAUCAACAUCGCUAUCAACAUCACCACCAUCAACAUCGCUACCACCACCACCACCAUCAACAUCACUACCAACACCACCACCACCACCAACAUCGCUACCAACACCACCACCAUCAACAUCGCUACCAGCACCACCACCAUCAACAUCGCUAUCAACAUCACCACCAUCAACAUCGCUACCAACACCACCACCAUCACAAUCAACAUCGCUACCAAUACCACCACCACAAUCAACAUCGCUACAACACCACCACCACUAUCAACAUCGCUACCAACACCACCACCAUCAACAUCGCUAC